AUUCAUGCGUCCUACAUGAAUAUUCAGUUUCAGUUAUUCAACAAUCCUGCACCUGCCUUGUUGCCAUAUUUAUUAUCAAAGAUAACUUAUAUUUUUGUCAGAAGCCUCCAGUGUGUGAUUAUUGAGAUUAUUGCAUAAGUGGAGAUUCUUACUUCAUUCAAAGUUAUAGAAUAUUUCUUGGUUUUUCCGAUUGGUUUACGAUUUGCAAAUGUGCUUGUCUUUACUGUAAAUUGAACCUCUAGAGUUUGAAUUAGAUUUUGUAUAAUUUCACGGAAAUUGAAUGAAUGAAUAAAUGAAUUCAACUGAUAUGGGAAGAAAAUCCAUAUCGAUGUGGACAGUUUUUACUAAAUAAGUUUUUGGUCACUGACACCAGACAGCAUAUUUUUUCAUUUUAUCAUGUCAUAUCCGACCUUGUUGUUUAUUAUCACUUUCUGUUAUGUACAGGGUGACCCUCGAGUGAUGACUUCAGACUGAGAGCUUGCAUCGAAAACGCUGCCCUUUAACAUAUAAUGCCGGGUCCAGACCAAGCAGACAAAACAACGACAAGACAAGAUCAAAGGGUCUCUGUUUUGUCUGCAUAUUUUACAAGUUGUCGGUCCAGUGUGGACGGUGCGCGCUGACAAAACUAGGUGACCAGGUAGUAAAUCAGUGAAAAAUCACACAAAUGUAGUUCGGUUGUGUUGUUGUGGCGUGUCUUUACUAAAAUGUCGGGGGAAAAGAAGUGGAACACGGAAAAUACUUACAAAUUGAUAGAAUUGUACAGGGAGCAUCCAUUAUUAUGGGACCCUAAGAAUAAAGACUAUAAAAAUCGUUACAAGAAAGCCGAUGCACUGAAAGAGAUUUCUUUAGAAUUAAAUAUAAAGUCAGUGGCUGAUGUUGAAAAGAAAAUAAGGAAUAUUAACAGCCAGUAUAAGAGAGAAAGAAGAAACUAUAAGAAAAUGAAGAAAUCGGGGGCCGGUAAACAUUUCACUUCCAAAUGGUUUGGAUAUGAACUGCUAAGUUUUUUACAAGACAAAAAUAAGCCUCGAAAGGGCCUGCAAGCUGGAUGUUCAAGAGAAACACACGAAUCUGACUCGUCACAGUCGUCACUAGAUGAAACUGAACCAGAUGACACUGGAAAUAUACCAAGUGACAGUCAACAGACAACCGAGAUUGAAAGAAUAGAGACUAUGGAUGCAGAACAUACUGUGGUGACUGAUGUCAAACUUACAUCUUCUAUGGCAGCAAAGGAAAAAUCAAAAGUGAAGGACAUUCAAGAAACUUCUGAAAAUGCGAAGAUAAACAAGGCUGCUAAACGGAAGGAUAUAUCACAAAACGUGGAGCGUAGGAAUGAAGAAGUCUACAACAUGUGACAUCAUUACAUAAGGAUCGGCAAGAACAAUCACAAAAAAACCCUGAUUAAUUUGACAUAAUAGGUGAAUUGGUAGCUCAAAAAUUGAGAGGUCUACCCACACCCUAUGCCCAGUCCACCGUAGAACAUUUUUAAUCCACAAUCUAUUAUAUGACACUGAAAUGGGCAAGUAUAAUAGUAACCCCAAUGAGCCGCCAUCAUCCCAUGUACAACACCAAUUAGAACAAUUUCUUCGCUUCCGGAUAGCAUUCUUGGCUGUUUCUUCGCACUUACAUCAACUCAGCGUCGACACCCAAAAUUUAUAUUCGAAUCCGCACAGCGCCAACACAACAUUUAUACUCAAAUCCAUCCAGCGGCACCACACAAA